AUGGUGAAUGUGUGGGACUACAGCUCGCGGCGGCUGGUGCACUCAGUGGACUCGGGCCACUCAGGCAAUAUUUUCUGUGUGCGCUUCAUGCCUGAGACUGGGGAUGAUGUGCUGGCCUCUGGAGCCGGGGACAACGAGGUGCGAGUGCACAGACUCACUCGCUCCGCCGCUCCUCCCGCCGCCACGUCAUCCUCCCCCACUAGAACUGGUUCGCCCGGCGCCGGCCGGCAUGAUUCGUCUGCAUCCGGCUGUCCGUCUCAUUCAUCAGAGCAGGCAGCAGUGUUCCGGUGCCACAACCGACGGGUCAAGAAGCUUGCGGUGGAGGAGGGCAAUCCGCAUGUGGUGUGGAGUGCGAGCGAGGAUGCGACAUUGCGCCAGCACGACUUGAGAGAGACGUCUGUCUGCCCGCCGCCCACCACACACGCGCGCCCGCACUCGCCUCUCCACCACUCCCUCUAUCACGGCGCCUCAGAAUGUCGCAGCGUGCUGCUUGAUCUUCGGGCAGCUGGAAAAGUUUCACUCGAAGAUCCUCCCCGGGAUUCAUUGGCUCUCAAGUCCUGUGCCAUCAGCCCAACCCGGCCGCACCUACUGAUGGUGGGAGGAAGUGACGCCUUUGCUCGCAUCUACGACCGUCGCAUGCUUCCAUCACCCUCCUCCCUCUCGCGCGCCUCUCCUCGCCCCAAGCCCCCGCCCCCACUGCUCCUCCUCGCCCCCAGCCACCUUUCUGAACCGCAAGGGAGGUCAGGCCUGCAUCUGACCCACGUGGCCUUCUCAGCCAAUGGGGAGGAGGCGUUGUUGAGCUACAGUGGCGAGCACGUGUACUUGUUUGACCUGGACCGAGCAACCCUGCCAUCAAUGAUCUACACGCCUGCUGACGUGGCAGCGUCUCACAGGCUGGCUCCCCUCAAGCCCUCAGACCUUCAUUACAAUCACGCCGCUGGCGCUACCACCACCACCACCAGCAACGGCCGCACUAACGGGUUUCGCCAACCAGACGGCCAGCAGCAACAGCAGCAGCAGCAGCAGCAAGAACAAGAACACAUAAUUCACAGCAACAGCAAGCAUAAGCCUUCCUCUCCUCGCUUGAAACCUCAUGGUCCUAAACCUGUUGCAGCUAAGCCCUCCCAGCCUGCAAGCCUCGGGGAGAAAGAUAAGAACGGCGCUCUUCCGAAGCAGAAUGACAGGUUCGGCAGCGCCAGCAACAGCAGUGUGUGGGAUAGGUACACCAAUGGACGGACCGAGCUGCCUCGGGCAGGAGUGUUUCGGGACCGAGCCGUGGGCCCAGGCUUGGGACCAAGGGACCGGGAAUAUACCAAGCUGCAAGAGUGCGAGCAGCUGCUUGAGGAAGCUUCUGCGAUAGUUCUCGGCCUAGAGGCAGAAUCAGAAGCAGCCCGGCCGGCAGGCGAGGGGGCAGAGGGGCAGAGAGGGGUGUCAGGUGCCGCCCCAGGUGCCGCCCCAGGUGCCGCUUCAGGUGCUGUGUCAGGUGGGGCCGGCAGGAGGGCGUCUAGGGAGAGCACGCGGGCUCAGCAGGUGGCGUCUGGGCGGCGGGCCAGCGUGGCGAUAGACCUGUGCAGUGCGGUGCUGGAGGAGGGGGUCGAUGUGAUUGGUCCAGGUGUGCGGCACGAUGCGCUUUGCACCAGGGCUGCUGCGAUGCUGGAGAGGGGUUGGAAGAACGACGAUUUGAUGGUGCUGCGUGACUGUAAUGAAGCCAGGCAGAUUCUCUCCACGUCCAUCCGCGCCCAUCUCUACAUGGCCCAUGCCUUCUCCCAGCUGGGCCAGCAUCAGGAGGCGGUGGAGUUUGCAGAGCGAGCAGCCAUGUUCGACAGCAACCUCUCCUCAUAUGUCAUGUCCCUACGAGCCAAGAUGGCUGCUGCAGCUGCAGUGGUGGAGGAGGAACGAGUGGGGAGAGAGGGAGUGGGGGCGGAGGGAGCAGGGGCAGUUGGGGUAAGGGGAGCGGGGGCAGGGGAGGCAGGGGAGGGGGGAGUGGGCAGCAUAUUGGAGGGGCCUGUGGAAGGGGUGGAUGAUGAGGGAUUAGAGGCAAGGAGGGAAGAGGCUGGGAAGGAAGAGGAGGAAUUAGCGGCAGAGGGUGGGGAGGGUGAAGAGGAGGAAAAUGAGGAGGAAGAGGAGGAGGAUUUUGAGGUUCGUGUGGACGUGAGACUAGGUCCUGGCGUUGAAGCAGAGGAGAGAGAAGAAGACACAGGAGAUGAGACUGUGGCAGGAGGAGGAGAGGGGGGAGGAGAGGGGAGUGGACAAGGGGCGGCAGGAGGAGAAGCGAGUGGGGGAGCAAGGAGGGUGAGUCUGAAUCUUAGACUAAGGAGGAGCAGGGAGGGGGAGGAGGACCGAGAGGAGGAGGGGGUGCGACGGGAGAAGAGUGCUAGAGGGGCGGGUGGAGAGACGAGGAGAAUGGGGGGAGGGAGUGUGGGUGCGCGGGAAGAGGGCGAGGAGGAGGAAGAGGGGGAGGAGGAGGGGGAGGACGGGGAGGAGGGGGGGGAGGGACAGGUGAAACGGGGAGUGAGGGCAGUGGAUAUGCGACAGCGGUUUGUGGGGCACUGCAACACAGGGACGGAUAUCAAGCAGGCGUCGUUUCUAGGCGACCGGGGGGAGUUUGUGACGAGUGGGAGCGAUGAUGGGCGGUGGUUUGUGUGGGAGAAGCGGACUGGCCGGGUGGUGAAGAUGCUUGCAGGGGACGAGCAUGUGGUGAACUGCAUUCAGUGUCACCCCAUCGACUGCUGUGUGGCCACCAGUGGCAUUGACGACACCAUUAAGGUGAGGCACGCAUUGACAGCACGAGAGCUUGCCAAUGCUGGGCGCUUCUCCUUGCAUCCCGUUCCUUGCAUAUUUCCUCGAAACCCUCUUCCCACAUCCCUCUUCCCACAUCCCUCUUCCCACAUCCCUCUUCCCACAUCCCUCUCCUCGCAUUCCUCUUCCCACAUCCCUCUCCUCGCUCUCUUCCCACAUCCCUCUCCCCACAUCCCCCUCUUCACAUCCCUCUCCUCGCAUCCCUCUCCUCGCAUUUCUGGCAGAGCUGGUAGGCUGUGGACGCCCCACGCACCAUUGGCAUCAAGGGUGGCAGCGUUUGAGCUGAAUGCAUCUGCGGCAUCAAGGGUGGCAGCAGGAGUGGGGGGGCCUGAACCGGCUGACAUGAUUCGAGUGAUGGUGGAGAACCAGCAGCGCAUGCGCCGACCUCGCGAGUUCUUUGCGUGA